AUGUGGUACGGACAGCUGGUGAUAGGGCCCCCCGGUAGCGGGAAAAGCAGCUACUGCUUCGGCAUGCAGCAGAUGCUCGAUGCAUUAGGACGGAGGCACAUUGUCGUGAACCUUGACCCUAUGAACGACCUGCUUCCUUAUAAAUGCGACAUUGAUGUCAUGGACCUAGUGAAGGGGGAGGACGUCAUGAAUGCGCACAGCCUUGGGCCUAAUGGAGCCAUGAUCUACUGCAUGGAGUACUUAUUGGAAAACGUGGACUGGCUGGUUGACAAGCUGAAGGCCUUCACAAAUUCCUACGUCUUGAUCGACUGUCCCGGUCAAGUGGAGCUGUUCACUCAUCACGAUGCACUUCGCGCGAUUAUCAGGCACCUCGAGAGACUUGAUUUUAGAAUGACGGCUGUCCAAGUCGUGGAUAGUACUCUCUGCACAGACGCAUUCAAACACAUCAGCGCGCUGCUGAUGUCUUUGAACGCGCAACUGCAAUUAGAGCUGCCGCAUAUCAACGUUUUGUCCAAAGUCGACCUCUUGAGACUCCACAGGAAGGACUUGCGGUUUCGUCUGGAGUUUUAUGCUGACGCUUACGACGUGUCAGCGCUGCUUCAGGCCAUGGAAGAUGACCCGCAUCCUUUGGGGCAAAAGCUGUUGGGCUUCUCUCGAGCCGUUUGCGAAUUGGUGGAAGACUUCAACCUGGUAUCCUUCCUGCCUGUCUGCGUCACCGACAAGGAGUGCAUGUUGCUAGUUCUGAGAGCUGCCGAUGCGGCAAACGGAUUCGCCAUGGGGAACUACGCUACAAACGAGCGAGGUUACCCCUUGCAGCUGGAUACCGAAGAAGAGCGGCAGCAAAUAAUGGAGAGGCUGCAAGAAAAGUACGUGGAUUUCGACCCGGAGAAGGACGAAGCGCCGAUUGAAGAAGCCACGGAGGCAGAGUAG